AUGCCUUAUGGGAAAAAGAUAUGGGGCUCUAGACAUGGUUGGGUAGCAAUAUGUGAAUCCAAUCUUACUAUUACUCUGUUCAAUCCUUUUAAGAAUGUAGCUCCUAUUCCUCUGUCACCACUCCAUAAACUCUACAUAAGUGAAAUACAUAAGGUUACUUUGUGUGCUGACCCAAUAAAAAGCCCCAAUGAUUAUGUGGUUGUAGCAAAUUCCAACAUAGAGUGUUGCAUUCCUUUCAUUAGAGCAGGCCAAACCGAUUGGGGCUAUGUAAUUAAAAAAUUAUAUAAUGAUGCUUCAUUGGGAAUUGUUGAUGAAAUAAGGGCUUGUUAUGUGAAGAUCUAUCUUGUGAAAUCAUUGGAGGGAGACCUGUGGAUGGUGAGAAGAUUUUACAUUGCAAAUAACACUAGGGGUUUUCAAGUGUAUAAGUUGGAACUUGAUGCCCAAAGUCGGAAGCUUGUGGGAAAGGUGAAACUGGAGAGUUUGGGAGAUGAUGUUAUGUUCGUUUGUGGUUGUGAUUCAAUUUCUGUGUCAACAUCUUAUUUCUCUAGUUGUCUACAAAAGGAAUCGAUUUACUAUUGCAGUGAUUAUAAGGCUUAA